ACCUCACAGUUCAACUGGUCCACACACAAACACACACAUGCUCAGGAAGGGAUCACUCACACAGACACACAAGACACAUUAUAUAGCAAGACUUGCACACAAGCGCACCUAUUGGGUUUUCGAGAGCGUCCAUGCGUAUUGCGAUGGCUACAGUUGUCAGAGGGAGUUGGGACUUGGUGGUGGAAGACGGGGUUUAGAAAAUGCGGAGGAGAGCAAGACAUUGACGAGGAGAUAUAAAGAACGCAGGGGGGAGAGUGUGAGAACUUUGAUCAAGCCUUCCUACAGAGAUUGUUAAAGAGAGCCAGACACAGGAAUGGAAAGGACAAAAUCAAGUUAGUUAACCUGCAUGUUUCAUUUUCACCUGCAUCCUGAUAGAAAAUAAAUUCAAUCUUGAAGGUUUAAGUUCUAAUCACACAGAGAGCUUAACUGAUGCUUCUACAUUUAAUAAUUUAGCAGACUUUAUUAUCCAGAGUGAGUACAUACAUUUUUCAAGCUGGUCCCACAUGGGAAUCGAACCCACAACUCUGGCGUUGCAAGUGCCAUGCUCUACCAACUGAGCCAACUGUUGAAUAUGCACUGGGUGACAAACUCAUCCAAGAAAAUUACAUUUUUUCCCCCUCCCACAACCACGUAUGAGGAUGUCCCCCGGUAGAAAAAUGUUGACUUUUUGAAAAAACACAGCAGCUUUUCAAGAGGAGGAUUUUUCAAUGUUUUUGACAGGAGGAAUGUUGGUGGGAAAUACCAAGGAGGAUUUUCCUCAAAGCCUUUCUCCCAGAUUCUCGCUGAGAUUCUCUUGCCGUUUUGGCUUUUCUUGUUGUUGCGGCGUCUUCGGUCCUCUCUGUUUGACAUAUCAUUCAUUUGAGUGGCAAUGGGAGCCAGGUGCGGCGUGAAGAAAGCAACAGGGUCGCGAGAAAGGAGACUGGCAAGAGAACCACAGCUGUCAAAAGAGGAAGGAAACAAAGAAAAGCAGAAGUAGAAAGAAAGAGCAGAGAAAAAAAGGGGGAAGAAAUAUGAGUUUGCCAACAAACUGUGUACUCCUGGCCCCCUCCUCGGACCGGUCGUUCAAAGUGCGGAAUGGGAAUAUCUGUGGAUCCCUGUGCGCAGUCAACCGGCCCAUUGACAUUGUGCAGAAGCGCAGGCGCUUUGAUGUGGAGAAUGGGCUGUCGGUGGGGCGCAGUCCCCUGGACCCCCAGGUCAGCCCCAGCUCCGGCCUGGUCCUACAGGCCAACUACCCCCACAGCCAGCGCCGCGAGUCCUUCCUCUAUCGCUCCGACUCAGAUUUCGACCUCUCGCCCAAAGCCAUGUCCCGCAACUCCUCCACGGCCAGUGAGCUACAUGGAGAAGACAUGAUUGUGACACCAUUUGCACAGGUGCUUGCCAGUCUCCGAACAGUCAGAAGCAAUUUUGCCUACAUAACUCAUCUGCAAGAUCGGCCCAACAGGCGGCCAUCAGGCAGCAACCCUCCCUCCAUACCUACCCACACCAAGUCAAGCAUAACAGAGGAGCCGUACCAGAAGCUGGCCAUGGAGACGCUGGAGGAGCUGGACUGGUGUCUGGACCAGCUGGAGACCCUGCAGACCCGUCACUCAGUCAGUGAAAUGGCUUCCAACAAGUUCAAAAGGAUGUUGAACAGAGAGCUCACCCAGUUGUCAGAAACCAGCCGGUCAGGAAACCAAGUCUCAGAGUUUAUCGCCAACACUUUCCUAGAAAAGCAGCAUGAUGUGGAGAUUAUGUCUGGGCCUCCUAAGGAGAAAGACAAGAAGAAGAAGAGGCCCAUGUCCCAGAUCGUUGCGGUGAAGAAGCCUGCCCUCAGCCCCAGCCUCGCCCCCACCCAGAUCCCCCGUUUCGGGGUCACCACCCUCCAGGAGGGCUUAUUGGCCACGGAAUUUGAGGAGAUCAACAGAUGGGGUCUAGAUAUUUUCAAGAUAGCUGAAUACUCGGGGAAUCGACCUUUGACGGUGGUCAUGUACUCCAUUUUCCAGGAGCGAGAGCUGCUGAAAAACUUUAAGAUCCCAGCCGACACCUUCAUCACCUUCAUGAUGACCCUGGAGGACCACUACCACGCCGACGUGGCCUACCACAACAACAUCCACGCUGCCGACGUGGUACAGUCCACCCACGUUCUCCUCUCCACCCCCGCCCUGGAGGCUGUCUUCACUGACCUGGAGAUCAUGGCUGCUCUGUUUAGCAGUGCUAUACACGACGUAGAUCACCCCGGAGUGUCCAACCAGUUCCUCAUCAACACAAAUUCUGAGCUGGCUCUGAUGUACAACGACGCUUCUGUCCUGGAGAACCACCACCUGGCUGUGGGCUUCAAGCUGCUACAGGAGGACAACUGUGACAUCUUCCAGAGCCUCAGCAAGAAACAGAGACAGUCCCUCAGGAAGAUGGUCAUCGACAUGGUGUUGGCCACUGACAUGUCCAAGCACAUGAACUUCCUGGCUGACCUGAAGACAAUGGUGGAGACCAAGAAGGUGACCAGUCUUGGAGUGCUGCUGCUGGACAACUACUCAGACCGCAUCCAGGUCCUUCAGAACAUGGUUCACUGUGCUGACCUCAGUAACCCCACCAAGCCUCUGGAGGUCUACCGUAAGUGGACCGACCGCAUCAUGGUGGAGUUCUUCACCCAGGGGGACAGGGAGCGGGACAAGGGAAUUGAGAUCAGCCCUAUGUGUGACAAACAUAACGCCUCCGUCGAGAAGACCCAGGUAGGAUUCAUAGACUACAUCGUCCACCCUCUUUGGGAGACGUGGGCUGACCUGGUCCACCCUGACGCACAGGAGAUCCUGGAUACCCUGGAGGACAACCGGGAGUGGUACCAAAGUAUGAUCCAGCGCAGUCCCUCACCCACCCUUGAGGACAGGGAUCUUGAUGGGGGGCCAGGAGCCCUGGAAGCCACAUCGGGGGGAUGCGCCUCCACAGGGGACAAGUUCCAGUUUGAACUCACCCUGGAGGAGCAGGAGGAGGAGGAGGGUGACUCAGACCUGGAGAGCCCCCCCGAGGAGGAGAAGUCACAGGGGGGAGAGCCCUCUAGGAAGACCCUGGCCCUGUCUCUAUCCCCAGAGCCCAGCAGCAGAUACCGGCCCACCUCCCCCCACCCUGGCCGGGCCCUCAGUCUGGCCACCAUGUCGGUUAGGAGCCCCGACCAUCUCAGAACGUUGGGCCCCGGGGUGGGCGCGGACGACAUAGGCGAUAGGGACAGAAAACUGGGCCAGGAAGGCAGUAGUGUAGCUUACCUACGGCUUGGCACGUAACACAAACCUUGGCCCUCCCUUCAACUCAUUCCAUCCCUGCCUUGGUUUGUGGGUCCCAGCAGCAAUUGGACAUGCAGGGUGGGCUUUUUAUCAAGUCUGUAAUGACAACAGUUCCUUUACACUGGAGACACCUUAACACUUUUAAUAUUGUAGAACAAGAAGUAACGUUUUAUUCUCUAUUUUCUUCUGUGUGCGAGAUAGGACUUUUUAGUCCUGCAUUCUGUAGUUGAUCCUGGGCGGAAAGUGUCUUAGACUCGAAGGUAGAGAACUGACCACAAGCUAACCAGCCUCACCAAUGUCUCCUGACGAAGCAAGGAAUUAUACUGAGAAAACAAUGUCUUCCUCAAAAUGAUGGAAUAUAGAUAUUCAAUGGAAUAUUGCAAGGAUUGUAAUGAUUUUACAGGGUCUUGGAACUUUUGCACCACACAUUUUGAAUUCAGUCAGCAUAAACUAGUAUAUUUUAUUUAGUUAGUCUCUGAGAAUUCUGUGAAUGUUUUACCAAAUCCAGUAUGUACCUGAAUAGUGAGAGAAUUGUAACUUAAACCUCAGGGUAUAAAGAGAUAUAAAUUAUUUUAAUGUAGCACGGACUUCUUGGGUACCCCUUAACUGAGACUGCCUGUUUAGAGUUGUGUUACUGAUGACAAACAGCUCUUAGAACCUUACUGCUUCAAGUUAUGCAAAAAUACAUAUUUAUUUGUCUGGCGACCUCUAUUGAUCUCAAUUGAAAGUUCAUUAAUGAGUUUGAGAACUAAAGCAAUUUAAAUAUAAAAUGAACAGUACCAGUAAAUUGUAUUUCAAAAAUCCCGAAGUACUAUGGUUGAUUGAGGUACCCAAUACAAGUUGUUUUAAAUCUAGACUAACACCGCUUACACUCAUGUUUGUAAAGUUGUAUUUGUUUCUAUGUGAUCAUGUUUUACGUUGUCACAUUUUCCAUUUGAUUUGAAAUGGUUCCGUUUUGUUAUAUAUAUUGGGUAUGUCCUCACUAUGGGUGUAUUCAUUUCACUGACUCUGUUGCAAAACGUUUUGCAACAAACCGUUUACUCCAAAUGGAAAACUGGUUUCUACUGGAAAAAUUCAGGUAGGUCUCUCCCAGUUUUGUUCAGUUUGCUUUGGUAAACGAUUUCCUUUGCAAGACGUAACGAACACACCCCAGGUCUGUUUGUCUCUGAGCUUUGUAAGCAUCAUUAUCAGGGUGUCUCCACCAUACAGUAGCACUUUACAGUUUUUGUUGUAGAGGAAGCCCAUUCAGGUAUAAAGAGCUUGAGCCAAACCAUGAUUUUAGUGGACAGCCAUGGAAGGCUGUAGUUCCUGUCCAGAAACAACCCCUAGGCCUAACACCUAGAGCUGAGAGGAAUGGAUAGGUGUAAGCAAUAGGGAGAAAAUUCCACCUAGCAGAGGGUGAGGUGGAGACAUUGUCAUGCAGCGGGGCAUGCAGUCAAAAAUGUGAUAUCCUCUGUUUUAUAUAUACAUUUCAACACUGAGGUUGGAAUAAUACUGUGAAAUUGUGACAAUUAUGAUUAUGCACUUUAACAGCUAGUUCAGGUUACACAUCCCUCCCAUUAGGCUCCUCGGACCACUCUGACAGUCCUAGCUAAAUUCUUGCUGGAGAAAUGGUAUUUUGCUAAGCCAUUUGUUUCUUUUUGAGAAUUUUAGUUGAAAAUGAUCACAGUAAGGUUCUUAAUUGUUACCCAGAAAUGAUUUGAUAUUGAGAUAAAAACGGCUGCAUUGAACCUUUUAAACCUAUAAAAUCCUGUCAGAUCUCCACAAGUGUCGAAGGGUUAGUGGUUGUUCCUGAACAGGGCCGCAGUGUGGACUAAUUAGGGCUUAUUCAGUAGUGUGUGAUGCUUUGAAAGUAGCAGAUAGAAAUGCAAUGAACAGCGUUGAUAUUAUUCCCUGUAGUACACAACAGAAAAUCAUGUCUGGUUUACACAAUACUGUCCAUUCUGUAUUGACAUUGGAUACUUUUUCAUUUGCCUGAAUAAGCCCCUAAUGUCUUGUUUGAUUUGUUCUUGAGGGAAACUAGUUUAUAGGGAAAAUUGUGACAAAAAUCUUUGGAAUUUGCGCAAAAGCUUCUGCCAACCUAAGUCCUUAUGAAAUGUUGAACAAAGUUCUCUCUGAACUGUUGAUUGUAAUCAUGUCAAAGUUUGACUUUAAAAUGUGUUGAGUUUCAUCAAUUAUCAGUUAGAAUUAUGCUAUAAUUUUAAUGGAAAUUGUAAUACCUUGACUUUAUGUUGGAUGUAAUGCUUUGAUGUAGAGCUCUAUUCAAUUCGUAUUGCAGAAGUUCAGCGUUACAGCGUGAUUGGAAUUUAAAGGCAAUGUUCCUGUAUAACGGAGACUGCACGGUAAACGCUGCAUAUGUCGGCUCAAUCAGAAAUUACCUUCAUAUCAUGUAAUCUGUAACGCUUCAGCGAUACAGAUUGAACAGAGAGCCCUUAUGCUCUUCACAGGGCUAUAGCUUUUACCUACAGUAUGUGAAUGUUAAUUUCUAUUAUUGCAUUCGCUGAUUGCACCCUAAUUUAAGUUAAACCAAUACUGUACAACUUAACUAGCCCCUGCCAAAUAUAAGUACACUGAACAAAAAUUGUUUUCCAUAUGCACAAAAGGCUUCUCAAAUUUCUAAAUCCCUGUUAGCGAGCAUUUCUCCUUUGCCAAGAUAAUCCUGACAGGUGAGGCAUAUCAAGAAGCUGAUUAAAUGGCAUGAUCAUUACACAGGUGCACCUUGUGUUGGGCACAAUAAAGGCCACUCUAAAAUGGAGUUCUCACAACACAAUGUCACACAAGUUUAGAGGGAGUGUGCGCAAUUGGCAUGCUGACUGCAGUAACGUCCAACAGAGCUGUUGCCAGAGAAUUUAACGUUAUUUCUCUACCAUAAGCCGCCACCAACGUCAUUUUAGAGAAUUUGGCAGUACGUCCAACGGGCCUCACAACCGUACACCACGUGUAACUACGCCAGACCAGGACCGCCACAUCCGGCUUCUACACCUGUAGGAUCGUCUGAGACCAGCCACCCGGACAGCUGAUUCCACUGGCACGCUGGAAAAGUGUGCUCUUCACAGAUAAAUCCCAGUUUCAACUUUAUCUGGCAGAUGGUGUCGUGUGGGUGAGCGAUUUGCAGAUGUCAACGUUGUGAACAAAGUGCCCCAUGGUGGCAGUGGAGUUAUGGUAUUUGCAGGCAUAAGCUACAGACAACGAACACAAUUGCAUUUUAUCGAUGGCAAUUUGAAUGCACAGAAAUACUGUGAUGAGAUCCUGAGGGCCAUUGUCGUGCCAUUAAUCCGCCGCCAUCACCUCAUGUUUCAGCAUGAUAAUGCAAGGAUCUGUACAUAAUUCCUAGAAGCUGAAAAUGUCCCAGUUCUUCCAUGGCCUGCACAGUCACCAGAAAUAUCACACAUUGAGCAUAUUUGGGAUGCUUCGCACAGCUGAAAAGUGGGAUAACGUUCCACAGGCCACAAUCAACAGCCUGAUCAACUCUAUGCAAAAGGAGAUGUCGCGCUGCAUCAGGCAAAUGGUCACACCAGAUCCAGACUGGUUUUCUGAUCCACAGCCCUAUUUUAUUUUUUAAAGGUAUCUGACCAAUUGCUGCAUAUCUGUAUCCCCAAAUCAUGUGAAAUGCAUAGAUUAGGUCCUAAUUAAUUAAUUUAAAUGGACCCGAUUUCCUUUUAUGAACUAACUCAGUAAAUUCUUUGAAAUUGUUGCGUUUUAUAUUUUUGUUCAGUGCAUAUAAAAAUCACUGAACUAUCCUUAAUGGAGAACUUUGAAAUCUGAAAAUAACAUCAACAAAAUUCAACAACAGCUCCAGCAUGGUAAACUUGCCUGGGAACUAACACUAAAGUAUUUCCCGCUUACUCUUUUCCUGGUAAGGCAGGGGGAAAAGUACACAAGUAUUCAUAAAUAUCUUGACCAUAUUCUAUUUACUCAUGUUUGGUCGUGAAUAAGCAAACAGCUAAAAUAAGAGCCUUAAAUUGUGACUGGAGAGGAGCUGAGCUUUAUUGUGGGUAAAACGUACAUAAAUCAGUGUCAUUCAGUGUUGAAUGUGUUGUCUGAGAAGUUCGAAUGGUGACUCUUCCUCCCUUUAUUGCUUUGCUGAAACUGACAUGGUAUACCAUUACGGUUAUUGUUCUGUGUCCUUUUUAUCCGCAAUGUUGGACAUUAGUAUAUUUGUCUGUCAAAAUGUAAGUACGGUAAGAUAAUUUUUCUGGAGACAAAAUAUUUCUUACAAAUUUGCUUAAUUUAACAAUAAUUUAAAAGUAAAUUUUUUAAACGUUUCUGGAGUUCAGUGAAAAUGCCAAUAAAUUAUGGAAACCUG